UGCAGCUCUCAACAGCUCCAGCUACAGCCACCACUGUCUCCUUUCUCGCUCUCUCUCCCCAACACUCUCACGCUCUCCGCUACUCGGCCUGCAGGAGCCAAUCAUCAUGUGGAUCAAGUGGAUCGCCACGCUGGUCGCCUUUGGCGCCCUGGUGCAAAGUGCAGUAGCAUGUCCCGCGCAGUGUUCGUGCUCAGGGACAACUGUGCACUGCCAUGAGAGAAGCCUCGCGUCUGUGCCUGCCGGAAUCCCCACCAAUGUGCAGAUUCUGAGUUUCUUCAACAAUCAGAUCACCAAGCUCGAGCCCGGGGUGUUUGACAUACCCGCUGGGGUGUUUAACAGUCUCACCCAGCUGACAAUUCUGGAUCUAAAUAGAAAUCAGCUGCAGGCUCUUCCCGCUGGGGUGUUUGACCGCCUCGGGAGUCUGCAGCGGUUUGAUUUGAGUAACAAUCAACUGAAGAGCGUUCCCAGGGGCGUGGUGUUUGACCACCUGGUCAAACUGCAGGAGCUGUAUUUGAAUACAAACCAACUGUCGGCUCUACCCACCGGAGUGUUUGACAAACUGACUCAGCUAACUAUUCUGAGUUUGCGUGAAAACAAACUGACGGCUCUGCCCGCCGGAGUGUUUGACAAACUGACCCAGCUCACUGAACUGAGUCUGCGGGACAACCAGCUGAAGAGCAUUCCCAGAGGAAAACACUGGCUGGUCAAAGCGCGGCAGGAGAGCGCCCCCGGUCGCCUUGACGACAUGACCUCGUGGAUGGAGGUGCGAUCCCUGUCGGCCAUCUUGUCGUCCUGCGCCUGUUCACUUGGCCUGUGUCUCAGCCGGUGGCUCGAGCCGAACUCAAGCUAA